CAGCACAUUACAACAAUUAUCAUGGAUAAUAAUAAUAAUUCACCCUCUCAAGGUUCCAGUUUCAUAGGGAAGCAUCGAUUGGCUGCCAUAAUUUCUCAACAAAAUCAACAAAUUCAGAUCAUUCAGGAAGAGUUGGAUCAGCUGGAAACGCUGGGUGAAUCGUCGCUUGUGUGUCAACAGCUGAUAUCAAGCGUUGAAUCGCGUAAAGAUGCUAUGCUUCCUGUGACGAAAGGACCCGCUGAUGGUGGAUGGGAUCGAUGGUUUCAACGAGCGAAUCAAUCUUCUUCACGAAAUCGCAAACAUUGGAUAUGAUAUGAUAUGAUACUAUGAUUGCCGUUUGAUAUAGCACCAUUUUCGCUUUUCCUCUCUAAUUCUGUAAAUCUUUCUUCCAAAGUUUAAUGAGUUAAACCCGAAACGAUGAUCAGGCUAAUUUGGUUUCGAUGACGCUUUAGACAUUGGAAAACUGAUCUUGUACUCACUUUAUUUUGUUUGUAAUUUGACAUGAAACAGUGGUUUGUUUAUCAA